ACUGGAGCGUAGGGCCAUGGAAGGCAAACGAAGGCAAGAGCAAGUGGAGGGAUCCCAAUGCCCUGCUGCUAUGUGGGCAUUCCUACAGUGCUCCUAUUGGGGCACGCAGUGAGGGAGGAAAAAAAAGGGAGAUGGCAGCCAAGUGUUUUAUGGGCCGUAAAUUACACCGGAGGGAAAAAACAGCGUUUCCCUGCACUUGGAUGGACUCUGCCCCGUCCCUCCCCCUUGGAUCUGCUCCCAGCUGCAGGAGGAUGGGAUGGGAACAGACAUGGCUGCUCCGGGACAGCCCCGCUGUGCUUCCUACGAUGCCAUCGUCAUCGGGGCCGGCAUCCAGGGCUCCUUUGCUGCGUACCACCUGGCCAGGCGGGGCAGGGACACACUGCUGCUGGAGCAGUUCUUCCUGCCCCACUCACGGGGCAGCUCACACGGGCAGAGCCGCAUCACGCGCAGCGCGUACCCACAGGAGCACUACGCCCGCAUGAUGCCCCACAGCUUCCAACUCUGGCAGCAGCUGGAGGACGAGGCGGGCACUUCUCUCUACAGGCGGACAGGGCUGGUGGUGCUGGGCCCGCCGGGUGACCCCGAGCUGGAGGGCUACAGGCACAGAGUGGGACCCGACGAUGUCCUCAAUGCGGUGACACUGGCACAGCGCUUCCCUGGGCUCCGUCCCCGUCCUGGUGAGGUGACCCUGUGGGACAGCACUGGAGGGGUGCUGCUGGCAGACCGGGCGCUGCGGGCUGUGCAGGAUGCGUUUCGCCGGCGCGGGGGCACAGUGUGUGAUGGGGAGAAGGUGCUGCGUAUUGAUCCUGGAGCAGAGAUCACCGUCACCACCAGCACUGGGAUGUACCGCGCUCCACGGCUCAUCAUCACCGCCGGUGCGUGGACCAACGCCGUGGUGGCACCUCUGGGCCUCCACCUGCCUCUGCAGCCCCUGCGUAUCGAUGUGUGCUACUGGAGGGAGAAGGAGCCCAGCAGCAGCGGCGCAGUCACCCCCUGCUUCAUAGCCACGGGGCUGCCCUAUGCUCCACAUGGGAUCUAUGGGCUGCCCGCCCUCGAGUACCCUGGGCUGGUCAAGGUGUGCUACCACUAUGGCAGCCCCACUGACCCCGAGGAGCGGGACCGGACCCCCCCGGGCUCCCCCCGCCCCCACGUCGGCCUCCUGAGCAACUUCAUCAGCAGUUACCUGCCUGGGCUGGAGCCGCAACCAGCUGUGCUGGAGAGCUGCCUCUACACGAACACCCCGGAUGAAGAUUUCAUCCUGGACCAGCACCCCAAGUACAGCAAUAUAAUCAUUGGGGCCGGCUUCUCGGGCCAUGGGUUCAAACUGGCCCCGGUUGUGGGGCAGCUGCUGUGCGAGCUGAGCCUGGGCGAGGAGCCAUCCCACUGCAUGGCCCCGUUCACCAUCAGCCGCUUCCCAGGUGUGCUCCGUGCCGCUCUGUAGGUGCAGUGUCCCAGCUGUGCCCACGCAGCAUCACACUGCCCUGUAGUGCAUCCCUGCAUCCCAAAGCACCUCCAGCCCCAGCUCCUUCCACCCUAAUGUCCCCAUAGCCUGCCAGCUGCCCUGCAUCCCUCCAUUGCCAUACGCCACCCCUCAGCACCGCUGCAGCUGCACCCCCACAUCCCAGCAUCCCCAGUAUCCCUGUUCCCUAUGGUCCUGCAUCCCGACAUCCUUAUAUCCUAGUCCCCAACCACCAUCCCAGCGCUCUGCUCCCCUCCAUCCUCACAUCCUGACCCUCCUGCAUCCCUUUAUCCUGGUUCCCUGCAUUCCCUCCAUCCCAACACCGUCCCCGUAUCCCGAUCCUUUGCAUCCUCACAUCCUGCCACCCCCACACAUUCAUCCCCCCCUCCCCUGCAUCCCCACUGCUCCUCACUGUGUGCCAGCCCCAGCUCUGCCAACCAGCCGUUCCCUGGAAGCCCACGAAGGCGCUUUGCCAGCGCCAUGGAGCCGGAGCAGCGCGGGGAGACACACUCGCUUAGGAGUCAAGUUAAAUGUUUUAAUGUUAAAUGUGCCAUUUUAUUAUCAUUAGAUCGCUCCCACUUAAUGAAAGCGCAUUAGCGCAGCGUGGCUUUAA